AGAGUCAUGGGAUAUGAAUAAUGAAGAGAAAAUAGAGGCUACUGGGAAGAAGGAAGAAGGAAAUGCAUUAUUCAAAGCGGGAAAAUAUGCUAAGGCCUCCAAGAGAUAUGAAAAGGCUGCAAAGUUUAUUGAAUAUGACAACACUUUUAGUGAAGAGGAGAAGAAGAAGUCCAAGGUGCAGAAGGUCACUUGUAACCUCAAUAAUGCAGCCUGCAAGCCGAAGCUCAAAGACUACAAAGAGGUAGAGAAACUAUGCCUUAAGACAUCAUCUUUUGAGUUCCAGCUCAUGUUUUACAACCUAGGUCCCCAACCUGCUUUCAUUGAUAGUUCAGUCCAACUGUCAGUGCUGUGA